AUGACGCAGAGGUCAAUGCGGUGUACGUCGCGGCGCCAGUGGGGGCGCACGCCGACCUCGCGCGGCGGGUGGCGGCGAGCGGCAAGCCGUGCUACCUGGAGAAGCCGAUGGCGAGGAGUUACCGGGAGUCGAAGGAGCUGGCAGACGCGUUCGCGGCAGCUGGCGUCCCGCUGUUCGUGGCGUACUACCGGCGAGCCUACCCGCGCUUCCACCGGCUGCGCCGCCUGCUCCACGAGGAGAGGGCCGUCGGUGACGUCACCAUGGUACUUUACCGGAAGAGCCAGCCGCCGCUCGAGCCCGCCCGCGGUCGGCGCCGGUGCGGCGGCGCCCUGGCGCCUCGACGCAGAGGCAGCGGGCGGCGGCCUCUUCGUCGACGUGGGCUCCCACGUGCUGGACCUGCUGGACUUCCUGCUCGGGCCUCUGCAGGAGGUGUGCGGCACGGCCAGAGGCCCGCCAGGCGCGGUGGAGAGCCGGGUCGCCGCGUCCUUCGCGUGGCCGAGCGGUGCGGUGGGCAGCGCCACGUGGGACUUCUCGGCGCCCCUGGGCGAGGACGUCCUCGAGAUCCGGGGCACUGCUGGCGCCCUUACUCUGCCGGAUCUCAUGAACGGCGACGAGACGUUGCUGCGGCGUGCCGGGUUCGAGACGCAGGUCUUCUCGGACCCUCCGCCGCCAGUUGUGCAGAGGCCGCUCGUCUCGACAGUCAUCGAUGCCGUGCGCAAGGGUGACUGCAGCCUCUGUCCGUCCACGGCAGCUUCUGCUCUACGCACGGCGCAGGCGAUGGAUGCCAUCCUGGAUUCUUAUUACAAUCGCCGAGACGACGACUUCUGGAAGAGGCCGCACACGUGGCAGACACGGGGGCCUCAGUGA